AUGGCGAUCAUUGAUGAUCUUGAUGGUGUACUGGAUCGAGUCGAUCGACUAAUCUCACGUGCUGCUGCGCGUCCGCGAUCCGGGGCUGGCACCGAUUCGCCGAGGAACAUUUUCCUGAAGCUGCUCGUAUAUUUGAAGGAUAUUGCGGAGAAGCCGGUACCCGUACAGGUUGGCAUUGGAACCUCAGCUGGAUGUAUACCAGGCAUAAGCGAAAUGAACCAAAACUGGGAAUAUGCGGCGAAUCUGUUCGCUGCAACGAAGCCAUAUCUUCGCUACAUUCUAUUCCCUGCUGGCCUGUAUGCAGCGAAUCGUCUGCUCUGCUCCCUGGUACCAGGGCCAGAGCAUUUGCCGAAACUGGAUCUGCAUGAUCGCACUGUGCUGAUCACCGGUGCAAGUUCCGGGCUUGGCCGUGAGCUGGCCUUCUCGUUCUACCGACGAGGCGCCAAGGAGCUAUGCGAUGAGCUCAAAGCAUUGCCGGAUGUGCAGAAUACGAAUGAGCCGAUCUACAAGUACCUGGAUAUCAGCGAUCCAAAUGGCUUCGACGAACUAAUUUCACUGGCCUCCACACGGCGUAUCGACAUUCUCAAUACGAAUGAGCCGAUCUACAAGUACCUGGAUAUCAGCGACCCAAAUGGCUUCGACGAACUAAUUUCACUGGCCUCCACACGGCGUAUCGACAUUCUCGUGAACAAUGCCGGUCUGAGUAUGCGUGGCAGCUGCAAAGAUACACCAAUGAAUGUACACAGACAGAUAAUGGAAGUGAAUUACUUUGGUCAUAUCGCAGUGACCAAAGCUCUGCUUGACUAUAUCCCUUCGGACGGGGCAAUUCUCUACAUCAGCACCGAAGGCAAACCAAUGGACAAGGAUGAUCCGAAUCAGGCGAAAGGCCUUACGCCCAGCUAUGCGGCGGAGCGCAUCCUGAAUGCGCUGGUGAACAGGAAAACCGAAUUAGUGCUUGCACCUCUGAGCUAUCGUUUCGCCAUAUUUUUACGUUGGCUUUUUCCGAAUCUAUUCUUUUACAUUAUGUAUCGGCGAGGUCUAAAUGAUGAAAGUGUCAAAAACAAGUGA